GUGCAAUGGGGUCUUGAUAUUUGAGGCCUCAAAAUUGGAUUGUCAGGGAAAGGGGUGAGAAUUUGUAAACUCUCGGCUGAAACAUGCCAUGAUCCACGAACUUUCACUCUCGGAAUAGCCCAAGGACGGCCCCAUAAGUUUUUUCACGUGUAGCAAGAAAUACUUCAACAUGUCAUAGAGAAAAUUCAUAAAUCAUAUACAUGACCCUCAUGUGCUUAAACAGCACUAACUUGCAUCUGUAUUAAGUCAAGUUUUCCAAUAUGGGUGAAAGUGUAGCCACCGUUGAUACUGGCACUUCAGAUCCAUGGCCAUCAACUCCUGGUCAGUCCAAAGAAGGUGCAUUGUUGGGCAGUCCAGCUGCACUUGUUGACAUAUUUGACACAGCAUUUACAUCAAGUGUGGACCGUGACAAUGAAUGCGGCAGUGCUGGAGAGAUGGAGUGUGAACCAUUGUUUGCAGAAAGUGAUAUAGAAGAUGAAAAUGAAGUGGUUGAAAUGGAACAAGAAACAUUUAUCAGUGAACAAACAUCUUAUAUUUCACCUCCUUAUACAUUAACACUUGAUACAUGGCAGUAUCAACAGACAUCCCAACCAGUGUCUGAAAUAGGAGGCCCCAGCACAAGUACUGCUGUGCAGUGUGAGAAUCAAGCGAGUAGUGGACUUGCUACCGCUCUUGUCGAAGCCAGUAUUGAUGGUGAUUCUGAUGAUGCUGCAAGAAUACCUGCUUCCCCUGCUCUAUCCAAUAGUGGUGUGGUUACCCUUGCAGACCCAAGACUUCAAGACCCAAGGACUGAUCCAACUCUACGGAGAUAUAAACCUUUGGAGAGCACCAGCACCCAGAAUCGUUUAGAAUCAGAAGGAGUGAUGUGGGGCUCAGAACCCUGUUCAUAUUAUCAAUCAAUUAUUCCAUCCCAAAACUGUGUCCAGAAAACCCAUGAAACCAGUACCUCAGAUUGUGCAUCAAACUCACAAAGUGAUUCCACUGAUGCUGCUCGUAGGAAAAGAGCCUUGCGCGAAGCUGACAGGCCUGUGGCUAAAGCCAACAAAAUGAGGCAACGCACUCGACACAGCAAUAUAGAGAGUACUUCUGAAGAACAUUGUGUCCCUUCUUCGGCACAGUCUACUCCCUCAUGUAGUUACCAGCAUGUCAUUGUGGAUGGGAGAGCUGCUAGCAGAAUUAGCACUGUACCAGUUGUCAAACUAUCUAGCUCUCCACAUUCUAGUUCAAAUUUUCAAAGCAGCCAAAAUAAUCGCAAACGCCCACCUCCUGGGUCAAGAGGUCUUCGUAGGGCAUAUAGUGGUUCUGGUUAUUGGUCACCCCAGCAUGCUAAAAGUGAACCACAAGAUGAAAUUUUCCAAGAUGUGGAACCAGCUCAAUCUCUUGGUUCACCUCAACCAUUGCCAGCCUGCCCCACGUCUCCAGAAGAUCAAGAACUCGAGCAUCAUAAGCAGCAGCAGCAAGUUAGGGAUGAGCACUCCUAUCCUGAGCAGAGCAUUGAAACUGAAACUAUUGAUGAUGAUGACUCUUUGAUAGUUGAAGAUGAAAUUUCAUGUAUCAUGGAGGGACCUGCCAGUCAACCAGGUCCAUCAAGAGUUUGUGAAACAAAUCAACCUGAAAAAAAUUCACGAAGUACUGAUGAAGGUGAUGGAGCUUGGGAGUUAAGCGAAGAGCGGAAAAGUGUCAUUGUAGGAGAUACUGAGAAUGAAAGCGAGGAUGAUCUUGUCGAAAUACCUGUGACCGAAGGAACUAGUGUGCCAACUGGUUCUAAAGACGAAUCAGCGUCAGGCCGCUCUGACUCCUUUCGUCGAGUUUAUGAUUUAUCAGAUGCUCCAACAGCGCCAGAUCUGCAACUUGACUGGCUUUCAAGUAGUGAUUCGGAAGAGAGUGAUGUUGGAGUAGAGGUAGUCUAUAUGUACAAAAAUCAACAGUCAAAGUCAAAAGAACAGGCUGGUACUAGCACUUCUGUACUGGCGUCAAAUACCCAGACAAACCCUGUUGCUGUUGUUGACCUUACCCAAGAGGAGACGGAUGACGAGUCUCACACAAGGCCAGAACAACAAUGGAAUGAAUCCGGUGCCAGAACUGAGGCAGCACGUGCGAGUCCACCGAAUUCGGUCAAAACGGAAGCGAUUCCCAGCUCCUCAAGAAAUCAAGUUGAAGAAAGGAGGCGUGAAAUUAGCUCAAGUAGUCCCGGACCAUCUCGUCCUCCUCCUCCAGCGUCACCGUCACCCUCUCCUCCAUGCUCCGCUACUCUAAGAGUUCCCACCGUUAACCCUCAUGUACCAUUAAUUAGCUACCCCCUUCCUCCACCACUUGCACAUUCUUCACAGUUUUAUCAAAGAAUGCCAGCAUGCCGUUUCCACACUACCUGCUCCACAUCUGAUGCAAGUUUGCCGACAAGCUCUGCAAGACCAUCUAGUACAGAAUCUCCACAGUACAUAGCGUCACCUUUCCGGUCCUGCUCGAAUGUGCCAACACAUGCUCCGCAUCCUCCUCCACCUGGGCUUAACUGGCAUCAGCAGCAUAGGGUCCCUUGCACUCGGACCUUAGUGUUCAGACCCCAAGGCAUGGUGAUUCCCUUGCCUCCAAACAUGAUCAGGGGAGGAAAUUAUUGCCGACCUAUGCGCCACCCUCUUCAUCCCACUGGCAGAAUGCAUCCUGUGCAUGAAAGAAUAUGGCAAGUUCAGCAGAGAGUACAGGAGAUGCAACGGAGACACAUGACUUGUUCAAGGGAUCCACCACCACCUCCACCAGCUCCUCAGGGUGAUGUGUCAUGGUCUCCUUGGCGGGUGCCAGUGGUACCUCAUCCUGUGCAUUACCAUCAUCACCAUCCCCAUCCGCCACCCUCCCAACCCCCACCAUCACAGCAACAUACCUUGCCCCCUUGCCCUAUGCCUCCUCAUGCUCACUCACACUCACAUUCACAUGCACACUCCCAUCCCCCACCAAAUCAUUCCCAUUCUGAUUCUCACUCCCACCCCCAUGCUCAUCACCAGCAGCCACCUUUGCCAGCCCCACAACAACCCACUGUCUUCAGUCGACCAGAGGUUGGUCCUGGUGGUGUUGCAGGAACAGCUACAAUUCUCUCUCCCCCCGUCCUGGUUACCCCAGUUACACCCCUGCAGUCGGUUGAAACGGAAAUGAUGGCAACUACAACAAUUGUCCAUCCACCAGGUACAUCUAUGGUACCUGACAUACAAGCUGAAAUUGUUGUAUCCAGCACUCCUACUACUACUGUCGCUGUUGAUGGAAACCACCAACAUGUUCAUCAUCAUUUGUACUACCAUCCUCAACCCACCAUACGUAGACUGCACCAAAUACAAAUAAGCAUUGCGGGCCCUGGUCCCGGCCCCGUGCAGAUACCGGCUGUGAUAGCAGCAGAAGGCAGUCAAACUCAGCCUGCUCCACUCUUGCUGCCUACUGAACUUAUUCCCUUCCCAUAUCUUGCAAGACACAUGACUGCCAGAUUAGAGGACUACAUGCGAAUUGUAGAACAGCGCCGAUUAGCUCAAAUGAACCGUGGUGCAACCCAAGACACUAUUGAGCGUUGUACAUUUCCUCAUAAAUACAAACAGAGGAAAAGGCCACCAGGUGAUCAUGACGAAGAUGUUGAGAAAUGCACCAUCUGCCUGUCUGAAUUUGAAAAUAAUGAUGAUGUGAGGCGACUUCCUUGUAUGCAUUUAUUUCAUAUUGAUUGUGUGGACCAAUGGCUUUCAACAAACAAACGUUGCCCCAUCUGCAGAGUAGACAUUGAAACCCAAACUAACAAAGAUACUACCUCACCAGUGUAACAUCUGUGCUCUCAUAAGCAUGACUCAUCAUGUGUUCUCUUUCUUGCCAUUUUCAACUGUGAGGGUUAUUAUAUCUAACAUUUCUUAGGGUGCCAAGAUUUGAUUUAAGAUCAAUUACCCCAUUUUUUUGAAAUUUUCAACUAUUUCAUUUCCUUUUGAAUACUUCUCAACAUUCCUUUAUUGAGACCUUCCUUUCAUUCUCCAUUUGGUUAGCAUCUCUCAUUAGUUUACUCGUAGGGGUGAGUUUAUAUUCUAUUUGACAGCUUAGUCUGUAGAACCCUUAACAUUUUAUCAAUUACUUGACUACUAUUUUGUAUUCUUACAAAUAUUUUGAACAACCUUUCUUUAAUUCUUUGACCACAAGAAAAUGUUUUAAUACUUAUGUUUUUAUCUUCAGUGAGUUUUAAACCUUUCUGAAAGGCCAAUUUUAUCUCAGUUGUAAUAGGUAGAAUAAUGCAGUUCAGAUUUUUAAUCCAAUCCCUCCCAUGAAUUGCACCAUGUAUGAUUUGCAUUCUUUCUUGUUUUCCAAAUCAGUUUGAAUUAGUUUUAUCCAAAAGAUGUCGGAAAAGCUACGAGGACUGUUUCUCAAUUGUAGCAAGACCACGUCAUUCUCACAACAGGAUUGUUUAUAUUGUUUUAAUGUUGGUUUAUGAGCCUAAGCUUGCAAUAUAAUGGUACAACAUUUUACUUACCGCUCACCUUAUACAGAAUAUUUUAAUCAGGCACUAAUUUUUGAAAUGGUUUUUAUUAUUCUAGUGUUAGAGUUCAUGCUUGUUUUAUUUUAUGACAAUAAAAUGUUUUAGGUGCAUUAAUUUAGUAACUUUGUGUGUGUAUUUUGUUAGUGGGCAGCACAAUGGAUUAGUUAUUCAAUAAGUCUACCUACCUACUGUCUAAUCCAUAUAUACAGAAUUAUAAUUUUAUUUUUUUUAAUGUGGAAGACUGAUGCCCCUUACUUGGGGACGAUUCUGCCCAUUAGCUUAUGUCGUAACAUAUGUUUCUCUGUUUUCCUCCCUAGAUAAAAACAAUUUUGGGAAAUGCAUGUUUGUGAAUGUUUGUGAUUCAAGUAUUACAUAUUGUGAUUGUAAAUACUGUGCAUGUUUUUGGUGCACUCCUUAUUUAGCUAUUUGUUGUCUUAUUGCUAUUUUAUUAUUAUAUUAUUAUUGCUAUUAUUAUUUGUUUUUCAUAGGUACGUGUAAAAUACCUAUCUAUCUAGGUAGUGUCUAAAAUGAUUUUUUCAGAAAUACCUUUAUUGUCAUGUGAUUUCAUGUGACAAGUUUAUUUCAAUAUUGUCGACCAAUAUUUAGUACCUCACCUCUGAAAUUAAUUUGUUUUGUUUGGGUGUAGUCCUAACACUGUGUUGUGAGCUUAUUUAGAGUUGAUUGUUAAAAUUAAGAGUGACAACAUGUGCUCUGUUUAUUUGUGUGAUUGUUGAAUUAAGAGUUUGAUUGUGACUGAGACUUUCAUUUUCAUGUUGUUUUCUUUUCUGUAUCAAUGGGGUAGGCAAAUACUUGCUAAGCUGAUUGAAAUAGCUGAGGAUUUAUCUCUAUAUUUUCUGAUCUCUCUACUUAUUAUUGUUGACAUUGUCGCUUAAAGUAGAUGAUGGACCAAGACUUCCUAUUUCAUUGAAUGCAAUUCGGGAUGAUGAUUACACGUUAUUUAAUUUGAUUAAAAACUCACGCUUAGCUUUUUUGUAGUUCUUGUCCAUCUUAAGUGUUGCCUACCUCAGUAUGUAUGUACUAAUUUGGUUUGGUUCUACCAGAGAAUUGCUCAAAAUAAUCAGUGGCAUGAAUUAAACUGUAUGUUUUACUACAUAUAAUUUUUUAAGGUACUAGUAUAGUCUUAAUUUAUACCAAAAUUCGAUUGAUUUUGUGUUUGAUUUCUUAUAAGGGUAUGCAUACAUUCAGUACAACCUUUUAUGUAUCCUGAUCCUUGAAGAUUACUAGACAAAUCGUGAGCAAAACUAAAUAUUUAUCAGCUGUGGUUUAUAUGUAAUUCAGCUUUGCAAUUGUGUAGAACAUUUUGACUUGUACACUUCUCAUUACCUUCUUGAAUCAAUUUUCUUUCCAUACUCUGCAUGUUCCCAUACCUUUAUUAACUUUCACAUUUAGUAACUUCAUGUUUUAAUUGUUUUGAUAUGGAAAACAUGUAGCUUUCUUGAUUGUUGCCUUGAGUCAUUCUCACAUUUUCAUUUUUACCAAAGAUACGAGUUUGUUAAAUGUGUCAACCAAUCUUCAGUUACUCCCCUGAUUCCCAUUGAAAAUGUCAUAUUUUUGCACAUAAUGCUUAACUUCUUGAAGUACAUAUAGUCUCAUUUUUCUUACUGUAAAUAUGAAACUAAAAAAUGCCUAUCUGAGUAUCUACUCCCUAAGUCAAAGGCGUUUUCUUCAAUGAUGUCUAUAUUUGCAGUGAGCAUUAACUUAUACACAACAAUUUAAACUCAAACCUGUUGUCUGAUGUAUUUGCAUUUUUCUUUUGCCAACGGUUGAAACUCUGUUAUUGGAAUAUAUUUUGCAACAGUCAAUUAUCACUGAGGAGAGGAAAUGAGAUCACUAAAACAGUGCUUCCAAUUUAGAAUCUCAGUCUGUGAGUUACUGCUAUCUAAUGACGCCCUCUGAUGUCAUGUGUUGCCUAGAUUCACAACAUUUCUCAGUGCCUAUCCAAAUUGUACGCUGUUUUUGUUUUUUAAAUUUAAUACUCUUUCUUUUCUUCAUUGUACUACAUAAGACCUAUUUGUUGCCAUGCAACUCAGGUCUUGCCGCCCAUGAAGUGGGAUUUUUUAAGCAUUUAUCUAUCUGUGUUUUUUUUUCCCAAUGCAAUCAUGGAAUCUUUCCCUUCUCAAAACAUUGUAAUGAUAGGUUCAGUGGUUAUCACUGGUUGUUUCUUUUAGGUGGCUAUGUUAUGACUGACUAGACUGAAUGAAUAUGAUGUAAUCUUUUCUUUGUUCAUUACUAAUUGAAUUUGUAGGAGUUGUAUUUAUUCUGUUAUACCUCAUGGCAAGUCUCUACAUUAUUUGUGAUUUUAAUGUUUGUGUUAGUUUGAAAUUAAUUGCUUUUUGCUUUUUAUACCUUUAGUUCUGAGUGGUAACAGAAAAUUGUUAAGUUGCAGUUCUAGAGUUAUUUUGUAAGAGCAGUCAGCAUAUGUGUAAAGUUACCUUUUUCAGUACUCAAAAUAAUGUAAUGCCAAAAAUCAUUAGUGUGGUUAAAGCUGUCAUAUCCUAGUAAUAAAGCACAGACAGGUUUGGCAUCUUUGCUUUACUCCAGCUGAGUGAAAUAGUCAAUGUUUAUGUACUCAAUGUACUGCAUACUCCUAAGUAUGAUUCAGUUUGCUGUUUAUAUCUAGAUCUUUUAAAAUCCUCUGAAGGAAAAAGUGUUUUUGGAUUGAACAGUUAAUCAUUUUCACAGCAUAGUCAAGUAACUGUAGAUGAAUGAGGUGAGACUCAUAGGCACAUAUUUCAUAACCCAAGGGUUUUGGGAGAUAUUCUCAAUUCAAGCAUGCUUAAAGGCCAAGAUUAUUGAAAAUCAGAAGUGUGAAUACCUAAUAAAAAUGAAAGACUCACUGUGAAGUCAUUUGCGGUUUUUGACCGUAUUUGACUGACCAGUCUAAAACUGCAAAUGACUUGAAAUGACUCCUGAGAGUGUCUAUCUUGUUUACUAGGUAUGCUUAAUAUCAUUCCUACUCUUAGGUUAGUGACUAUUUACUCCCUUGUUUCUCACAGUUUUAAAUCAGGGCAUUAUUACUUUGCCACUCACAAUAUUCACAAAACCAAUUGUCUGUUUUUUUGUCCUGUUAUUGAAAACUUUCCUUUGCAAGCUUAACUUUGAAUCUUUCUGAUGAUUUGACUUUUAUUUAUUUUUGAGCAAAAUGUGCUUGUUCAGAUGAUUUUGUGUAAUGUUUCAAUUAUAAAAGAAAAUAGUGAACUGCUGAA